AUGCAAUUGCGUGACAGCAGCUCCGGCAUCGCGACCGACGGAGCAGAUCAACACACCCGAUGCGGGAGAGGAGAGGAGACGCCAAUAGCGCCUGAGCCGAAUAGCUCCGGGAAACCAGCCCCAGACUUAGAAGAGCGCAAACCGGCAGUACCCCAGGCGCGCGCAUUAUUCGACUACGUAGCAUCCCCCGAUGACUCCACCGAACUAUCCUUCAAACAAGGGGAGAUCUUUGACGUUCUAGACAGCUCAGCCGAAUGGUGGAGGGUGAAGAAAGCGGAUGGGUCUACAGGCUUCGUGCCGUCCAAUUUCGUGCGACGAUGCCAUGACCGAAAACGCGACUCCCGAUUUCAAGCCCAGGCACUAUAUGAUUAUCAUGGUCAGCCCGAAGACGUCUCAUUUACCAAGGGGGAGAUAGUCGACGUUCUUGACGAUUCUGAAGACUGGUGGGAAGUACGGAAGGCGUGCGGUUCGGAGGGGCAAGCGCCUUCUAAUUAUCUGCAAAAAUUGGUCACGCCGGGUUUGAUUAGGGCGGAGGCGCUGUAUGACUAUCGAGCGGCUUUUGAUGAUCCUGAGGAAGUAUCUUUCUCCAAGCUUGAUAUUUUCAAUGUUCUGGAUAGUUCGGGAGACUGGUGGACCGUGAGGAAGGCUGAUGGGAGGACUGGGAUUGCUCCUUCGAACUUUUUACGAGUUUUUACAUAG